UUGUCCCUCACUCAUAUCAUCCUGAGGUCUGGCUCUAAUGAUGGACUCUGCACUGCUGCUGCUCUUCCUCUGGGCUCUGACUGGAACGGCUUCCCCUCAGGCUUCAGGGUCGUGUGUGGAGAGACUUCAGGGAGGAGAGAGGAAAACGAGAGCCUGUCCUCGGACCUGCAAAUCUGACGCAGAAUGCGGCAGCAAGCGCCAGUGCCUGUGCGACGGCGAGUGUGGUCUGAGCUGUGUGGCUCCAGGUCGUACUUGUCCCUGGCCUCUUCCCGCGAGUGAAAACUCGGUGUUUCGCCUCGUGUCUGCCACUCCAUCCUUCUCUGCCCUGCUCGAGGUCCGCUGCAAGCCGGGCUUUACGUUGCCCGACAGCUCGGAUGUCACGGUUCGUCGGUGUCAGGGUGACCGACAGUGGAGUGGGGAUGAGCCCAUCUGCACAGAGGCUCAGUCACCUGGACACACUCCUGCGCCGACCUGCCCUUUGCCAGAGGAGGUGAUCAACACCUUCAGCAUCCACGGCGACGCCUCUGUGGGGACUUCAAUCCGCUACAGCUGCCUGUCUGGGGCGGAUGUAGUCGGGAGCGGGGAAAAUUUCUGUCAGGACAACCAGACCUGGAUGCAUCCUCACCCGGUCUGUAAAAAACUGUUCUGCCAACCUCCAAAGGAAGUGCAGCAGGGCUACGUGGUCGCAGUCCAGAAGACUGAAUAUGAGGUCGGCUUUGACAUCCACUAUCUAUGCAAGAAGAACUACCGGCUGGACGGACCCCAGAAGAUCACCUGUCUGUCAAACGGCAGCUGGAGCGCGUCUCCGCCGCACUGCCGAGCUCGCUGUGUCAUCCCUGCUGAGCGGAGCCGUGUUGUGAUUGGUGGGGUGAAGCGUUGGCCGUUUGAUGUCACGGACGCCAUGGUUCCCCACGGGGAAAUCGUGACAUUCUACUGCAAACACCCCAAGAAGCAGUGCAGCUUCACCGCAGCGCAGGCCUGCUUUGACGGGAAGCUGCAGACACCAGAGUGCUACCUUGAGCCUACAUGGUUGCAGUACAAACUCUUCCCACAUCGGCUGGUGUCGGAAAUCGAAGCAUGUGCGCCCGGUGACGUGGAGUGAUGGCCCAAGAUCUCGACCCACCGAGACAUGCAUCCGUUUGAGAACUCCUCCUGAACACUCAGCACAGCUUCAUGUACUUUUAUUAUGGUCACCUAGAUAUUCUUAGUUCAACAUCUGUUUUUUUUUGUUGUUUUUUUUUUUGACAGUUAUUGUGAAUUAGUCUAAGCUCUUCAUUUUGGGUUUAGGUAUAUUUCUGUUUUUCUUGCACACUAAUCAAAAGGCAUUGUUAUUACAUUCAAACAUUACAAGUUAUAUUCAAACCCUGCUGCAGCUUGAGUUGCUCCAGACUUUAAUCAUGACAUACGCAGUGGCGGUUCUUGGUUGCACAGCACCCAGGGCGAGUCGCCUACCCUGCUUUAUCUGCCACAAAUGCCCUCAGGUCUUUUCUAUGAUUUCAACAGUUUCAAGUUGUUUUAAAGAAUGUUUGUAGUGCAGAACAACCCGGACCUGAUUUGAUCAGGAUGAGGAUGUUUCCUCUUGAACUGGAGAUGACCAAGUGCAGCACAAAUUACUUACAAAACUCAAAUUGCAAAUCAAAUCCAAAAAUUUGCAUAAUCAGUGCAGUCAGAUUUGGUUACCGUACAUAAUGGAUUUACUGAGUCCUCUGGAAAUUCAGUCUGGGAAAAAUGGGGGAUAUUGACAUGAAAAAUGUGGAGGAAUUACAUGUUUAAGGUAUAAAACCAAAGAUUCAUUGUGAACCUAUGGAUAUGCAGGGACGAGGAUUUGUGAAUGGUAACUAGAGGAGCAGAUGGAUAAAUCAAUUGACUGAUACAUUUAGAGAUCUUGUUACAUCCCUGGGAUAUAUUUAAAUCAAAUUGCAGACUAGAGGGGAGUGAUACUGCAUAUUUUGGUAUUGAUCCGAUAACAAAUAAAUAAGGGGCCAGUAUUACCGAUACCAAUAAUGAUCAAAAUAAUUUUUAUUAUGCAAGUUUAAUACAUCAAACCUCUAACAUUUAGGUGUUUUUUUUCUUUUGAAGUAUAUUGAUAAAACAUUAGAAAGAAUUUGUGCUAAGUUUAUAAAUGUCUACAAAACACAUUAGCAACAUAUUAACAAGAUCAACAGAAACGACAUAACAAAACUAAUUUGUGUGUUCUGUUUCCUAAAACAAAGUGUAUAAAAAUCUAAAUCAAAACAAGUCUUUUUGAGGCAGAAUUGAGAAAAAAAAUUGGAUUUCAUAAAGCAAUCUGAAACUAAUAUAUCAAUCUUACACACUAGUACUGAUCUGAUACUGAUGCUGACUUAGUGUUGACGUCAUCAUUAAUUUGGAUUGAUCUGCCUGACUCUACAGGUCGGAGUGAACAGGAUUGCUUCUGGUAUAACGUUUUCUCCUUGUGCCGCCCCUGAGACUGUGCUGCCCUGGUAAAAGAGCCAUAUUGUCCACAUCAACAGCCGCCACUGGAUGUAUAGUUCAUUAGCAGAUGAUAUAUUAUCCAUGAACUGACUCUGUGAUAUAUUUCACUGUGAGAUCUCUUUUUUUCUCUCCUUUUUUUCUGCUCAGUCUGAGACAUCAAGCCUGCGGGGCUUGUGAGUUUUAUAUUUUUGAUGUUUAAAAUAAAGGGAAACGACGUGAAAGCGA